AUGCCUUCUCAUCCGGCCGUGGUUUCAGGCGCCGUCAUCGUCGUUGCAGCAGCCGUCGCUGCUGCCAUCGCCGUCUAUGAAUCCCCCCAAGCACGCCAAUUCGCCGAAGAUGUCCGCCGCCGCAUAGCAGUUGCCCUGCACUCCCUCGGCGACGAGAUCAACCCCGCCCCCCAACGAGGACCCCGAUUCAACCGUCCCGAAGAUGCAGAGGGCUUCCUCAAGAGCCAGGCUGGCACUGAUCCCGGCAUGGAUGGCGACGAGGAGUCUAAGCGCCGGCAGCGCGAGGAGCUGAUGCACUGGAACGCCGUCCAUCUAGAGAAGCUGGAGAAAGAGCGAAAGGUGGCGGGUGCGGAUCGGCCGGGAAUCCGGGGCCGCGGGUCCAGUUUCGACGAUUUUUUGCAGCAAGAUGAGUCUGCUGAGAAAGGCACGUACGUGUAUAACACGGGCGCCGACAUUCACGCCGACGCCGAAGAGGGACUCCGCCAACGCGGUGUUCGGGGGCUGAAUAGAGGAUCCUUCUACGCAAAUCCCUUCGGCGAUGAGAACGGCAUCGAGUCCGAAGAGCAGCGCACUAUGGACGCGAGCCUGUUGUCGCCAGAGGCAUGUGAGCAGUCGGAUGCCAUGAGUGACCUCUACUCUGCUCAGGAAGAGCCAAGGGAAUCCCGACAAAGUACCGCCACAAUCGCCGCAGAGCAAACCGUCAAAACUUCCGACUCUCAUACCGCCCCAGAUCCGCCUGUCUCGCACCCUUCCAUGGAAGAGCCUAUGCUGGCCGAGACCUCCAACAACUACGCUUCCAUGGCUCGGAACAACGACGCUUAUGCUUCGAUCCACGCGUGGGCCGACAACGCAAAUUCUAGUUUCUACUCCCCGCUCCCUGUGACUCCCCGCUCAGUUACCCCUCGGCUGGAAGUCCGCCCUGGCUCGCCUACGUUCAGCGACCCUGAUGUUUCAGUCCCUGGCAGUGGCGAGGCCACGCCUACGGACUCUGUCUCGCUGGCUGGUUCCGGCGAGGAUGUCUGGGCCACGCGCAGUGGUGCCACGAGCGAGGCUGAUGUGAUGAGCCUUGAUGGGGACGGCAUUCCAACGCCCAGCUCAUGGACGGAGGUCGGGAGCGAUGUCAGCGAGACCGAUUUUUUGCAUCACUAG